AUGGCUCCGCCACAAAAACCAGAGACCUUCAUGUUGAGCAGUGAAGCGCAGCAGAGUCUCCCACAAGAUGCACAAGUUGCGUUACAGCAGGUCGAUAAUCUUAAAUAUUUCUUAAUAUCAGCUCCCGUUGACUGGACGCAAGACCAGUACAUCCGACGGUUCCUUCUCCCAACUGGUGAAUACGUUUCCUGCGUGUUAUGGAAUAACCUCUUUCACAUCUCCGGUACCGAUAUCGUACGAUGCCUUUCCUUCAGAUUCCAAGCCUUUGGUCGACCGGUCAAGAACUCCAAGAAAUUCGAGGAGGGUAUCUUUUCGGAUCUGCGAAACCUAAAGUCUGGCACCGAUGCCUCGUUGGAAGAGCCAAAGUCUGCUUUUCUCGAUUUCCUAUACAAGAACAACUGCAUUCGAACACAAAAGAAGCAAAAGGUCUUUUAUUGGUAUAGCGUUCCACAUGAUAGACUCUUCCUCGAUGCUCUCGAAAGAGAUUUGAAGAGGGAGAAGAUGGGACAAGAGGCUACAACGAUGGCGGUCAACGAACCGGCUUUGUCCUUUGAAUUCGAUUCCUCCCAAUCACUCUUCGAGCAACUCACCAAAGCUCAACAAGCCAACACUUCAUCCUUUUCCGCCCAACAACCUUCUUUUUCUCAAGCUCAGUCACAAUCAACAUCCCCAGUAAUGCGAGCAAUUGACUCCAUGCCACCUCCUCAGAUGAUGCCACAACAGAUGCAGCAGAUGCCAGAGGAAAUCCACCCAAUGGCUUAUCAGCAGAUGACAAUGGCUCCACAGAUGGCACCAAGCAUGGCACAGCAGGUGGUAAAGAGAGAGGCUGAUUUCGGUCGCGUUCAAUACAACCAGAAUGGUGUCCCAAUCACCCAGACACAUCAGCGUCACUCUUCAAUGCCCGCUUAUGGUCUCGAGUACUCUCCAGCUCCAUCUUUCGUAUCAUCGCAUUAUGAGGAUUACAGCAACCGUGGUAUCUCAUUUGAACCAAUCACCCCACCACAACAAGCUCUCGGAAUGGGUGCUGAGCCAGCAUACAUUGCCAACGAAGAGACUGGUUUGUACACCGCAAUCCCAGAUCACAUGGGUGGUGUCAAUGGUCUUCACGGAAUGAUGCAGCUUCCUCCAUCAAACCUCGCCGGACCACAAUUCUCCCAAGGACGAGGAUACGCUUCAAACAAUGUCUACUCAGUCAUUGAAGGAUCCCCAACAUACAAGCAAAGACGGAGACGUUCAUCAAUUCCACCAGGAGUUGCUGCAAUCGUCGCUGCCACCGCUGCCAACCAUCAACAGCACACCGCCCACCGACCAUCAGAUCUGAGAAGAUCUGUCUCGACCUCAGUAGGGCCAGUCGCUGAGGGUGAUGAGUCUGGAAACAAUUCUCCACCUGGAUUGAGCUACAGCAGUCAGAUCCAACAAAUGUCCCAGCAACACAAGGACCUCCUUGAGAUGUCAAGACAUGGAACCCCACUUUCCACCAUCGAAGACAGCCCAGCCAUGAACCCAAUGUCAUUACAGACUGAUUUCAGUCACAUGUCAAAUGAGGAUCUUUCUGGAGAUGGAUCCAUCCAUGACUCUCCCCAGCGAAGACAUAUGCAAGGACAAAAUGGUGUCGUCAGAAGAGCCCGAAGUGCUACCAUGAUGGAACUUGGUCCUUAUCCCCAAAAGUCACAUUCUUGCCCAAUCCCAACUUGUGGUCGUCUCUUCAAGCGUUUAGAACAUCUUAAAAGACACGUGAGAACACAUACACAAGAAAGACCCUACAUCUGCCCUCACUGCAACAAAGCAUUCUCCCGAUCCGAUAACCUUGCACAACAUCGUAGAACACACGAUCGUGGUGAUGGUUCAGAUGGACCAUAUGGUCCAUACUCUGGUGAAGAAGAAGAGUACGAAGGCGAAGACAACCUCGGUUCCCUCGAAGAAGCCUCACCAAACUCCGAGAAUGGAUACCUUCCAACAAGCAUGUCACAAAGCUUCAGUGGACUUCAAUCCAUGGCCAUGAACAUGCCAGGUACCGGCAUGGCAACACCUAGUCAACUCAUCAACGCACAACAUCUCAUGCAACAGCCGAUAUAG